UACUCUCCGGAUUGUCAGCCAGUUAUUUGCGGGGAGGCGCUGUAGCCAUUUCGCCACAUGAAAGCAUGAUGCGCUGAGCGACCAACAUCCGAGUAGUUGGUGGAGAAGAGAAAUCAGCUUUGAGAAGCUCCGCGCGCGCGCACACCCGCACCAACUCGCGCGCGAUUACGCACGGCGCACAGACACGCACACACUUCCUCCUCGUCCUCCGUGGAAAAAAAAGAGGGAGAGAGAGGAGCAGAGUGAGAGGGCACACAAACUUCCAACUCUCCCAUGUGGAAAGCAGAGGUUUGGAGAUAAGGUGUAUUUUUUUCCCCUCUUCGGAGCUUUCCCCCCCUCUGCCCCUCUCUUUCUCCCUCGGAGUGUUUUUCUUUUUCUCCUCUUUCCCCCUCAUCCCGGAUAUUUGUGUUCCUAUGAGAGUCUUGCUUGGCGAGAAGAGAAGUUUGGUUGUUUGCCUGGUCGGCUGAGGAGGAGGAGGAGAAGAAGAGUCUGGUUAAAAGUGGGGGGAAGAUGGUCCACAACGCCGCUUGGAGAAGGAGCUUCCUUUGCGUCCUGGCGCUCUAUCUCGGCUUUGCGUCCCCGCCGUGCAAAGCUCGGCUUUUCACGAACCACUGGGCAGUCAGGAUAGCCGGCGGACCCGAGGUGGCCGAUCGGAUAGCGGAAAAAUAUGGCUAUAGGAACAUGGGACAGAUUGGGGACCUCAAAGACCACUAUCACUUCUUCCACAGUCGGACUAUCAAGAGAUCAACUUUAUCAAGCCGUGGUCGCCAUAGUUUCAUCUCCAUGGAGCCCAAGGUGGAGUGGAUAGAACAGCAGGUGGUGAAGAGGAGGAUCAAGAGGGAUUACAAACCUGUCCCACCCUUUUCCCAGACGAGCCCCGCCCAGAACAGCGUGGCCCAGAACAACAUUUUCUACAAUGAUGCAAAGUGGAGCAGCAUGUGGUAUAUUCACUGCAGCGACGACGUCCACAACUGCCAGUCGGACAUGAACAUCAUGGGGGCGUGGAAGAGGGGCUACACGGGUAAAGACGUGGUGGUCACCAUUCUGGACGAUGGGAUUGAGCGGACCCACCCGGACCUUUCUCAGAACUACGAUCCUCAAGCAAGCUAUGACGUCAACAGCAAUGAUCUGGAUCCCAUGCCGCGAUACGAUGCAACCAAUGAGAACAAACAUGGUACACGCUGUGCAGGUGAAGUCGCUGCAGCUGCAAACAACUCUCACUGCAUUGUGGGUAUUGCCUACAAUGCCAGAAUAGGAGGUGUCCGAAUGCUGGACGGAGAUGUAACAGACAUGGUGGAGGCCAGGUCUCUGAGUCUCAACCCGCAGCAUAUUGAUAUUUACAGCGCCAGCUGGGGACCCGAUGACGAUGGGAAGACCGUGGACGGACCGGCGUCUCUGGCCAGGCAGGCCUUUGAGAACGGCAUUCGCAUGGGAAGGAAGGGCCGUGGCUCUAUAUUUGUUUGGGCUUCAGGAAACGGUGGGCGCAGCAGAGACCACUGCUCCUGCGACGGCUACACCAACUCCAUCUACACCAUCUCCAUUUCCAGCACGGCCGAGAGCGGACGAAAGCCCUGGUACCUGGAGGAAUGCUCGUCCACCCUGACCACUACGUACAGCAGCGGCGAGAACUACGACCGAAAGAUCAUCACAACAGACCUGCGACACCGAUGCACAGACAGUCACACCGGGACAUCAGCCUCGGCUCCCAUGGCAGCUGCCAUCAUUGCUCUGGCCCUGGAAGCAAAUACUUUUCUAACAUGGAGAGAUGUUCAGCACAUCAUCGUGAAAACCUCAAGAGCUGGACAUCUUAGCGCUCCUGACUGGAAGACCAAUGCCGCUGGUUAUAACGUCAGCCACCUGUACGGCUUUGGCCUUAUGGAUGCUGAGGCGAUGGUGAAGGAGGCGGAGCAAUGGAAGCACGUCCCCGCCCAACAAGUCUGCGUGGAGACCGCCGACAGACAAAUCAGCAGAACCAUCCGUCCGGAGCACUUGGUGCGCUCCGUGUACAAGGCGACUGGAUGUUCGGACAAUCCCAACCUCAAAGUGAUCUACCUGGAGCAUGUAGUUGUACGCAUAACAAUCACGCACCCUCGUCGUGGGGAUCUGUCGAUCAACCUGACCUCUCCGUCGGGGACCAAGUCGCAGCUGCUCGCCAACAGGUUGUUUGAUCACUCCAUGGAGGGCUUUAAGAAUUGGGAAUUCAUGACCACCCACUGCUGGGGAGAGAAGGCAGCAGGCGACUGGAUCCUGGAGAUCUACGACUCGCCCUCUCAACUCCGCAGCCAGAAAGUGCCUGGGAAGCUGAAGGAGUGGUCUCUGGUGUUGUAUGGCACCUCUGUCCACCCGUACUCCACUCAGCAAAAGGAUCGCUUCACAGACUCAUUGCAGCCUGAGGAGGAGUUCACUGAGGAGUACAACGGUCCCUGUGAUGCUGAAUGCAACGAGAAUGGCUGUGAGGGUCCCGGACCGCACCACUGCAUCAACUGCCUCCACUACUUCCUCAAGUUCAAGAACAACACCAGGGAAGGAAUAGUGGAAAGAUUCAAAGAGAACAUGGAUCCAAAGCUAAUUUCACCUCGUUGUAAAAGAGAGAAAAGAGAUGUUUGGAAACCACAGAUCUGGAGAGACUGUGAUCCGAAACGCUUCAAUGUGGGUUUAAAUAUAAAUCUUGGCAGGACUUUGCCAUCCUACUGUGGUACUUACAAGAUGUGUGUCUCUGAGUGCCCCAGUGGAUUUUUCCGUGACGACAGGAAGCGCUGCAAGAAAUGCUCCUCCAUGUGCGAGACGUGUGUCGGCAGUCGGAGCGACCAGUGCAUCUCGUGCAGGACGGGUUACCACCUCAUCGAGGGCUCCAACACGUGCGCUGCCAACUGUGCUGAUGGCUUCUACCUUGAUAGUGAUUCCAACAUUUGCAGAAGAUGUCAGGAGAACUGUAAGAGAUGUUCAGCCUCCAAUAUCUGCACUGAGUGUAAACCUGGGAUGAGUCUCCAAGGACAUAAAUGCCAGAUGACCUGUAACCCUGGAACCUAUUUCAACGGCCACAGAAGGACAUGCGAGCUUUGUCAUCGUGCCUGUGCCACCUGUGCAGGUACAGGUAUAGAAGCGUGUACCAAGUGUGCAGAUGACUACUUACUGGAGGACUGGCGAUGCGUGUUAACAUGCAGCCCUGGCUACUACCUGUCAGAGCAGACCUCAGACAACGGCCAGGUGCAGCGGUUCUGUAAGAAAUGUGAUAAUAGCUGCUUCGAGUGCCUGGGACCCGGGGAACUGAACUGCAGCAGCUGCAACAGCGGCUACAACUUGGAGGCGGGAACCUGCGUGGUUAGCACAGUCUGCAAAGAUGGGGAGUACUUGAGUAAACAGGGAACGUGCCAUCUUUGUGACAUUUCCUGUCUGCAGUGCACGGGUCCGGAAAGUGAAGCCUGCACCGUCUGCCCAGAUACAAGGUUCUUUGAAGAUGGCCGUUGUGUCAUCCGCUGCCAGGAGCGGCGCUAUGUCCAGGGGAAGCAGUGUCUUCCCUGUCAUAACACCUGCAAGGCGUGCACUGCUGAGGGUCCAGAUAGCUGCACCAGCUGUGACACAGACAGGUUGGGUGAACCCAGAUACCUGUUUCAGAAUCAGUGCCGGGAAGCCUGUCCUGAGGGCUUCUUCCAUUCUGCAAUGAUGUGUUGCGAGCCGUGUCCUGCAGAAUGCGUCGUUUGUACUGCAGCAGACCGCUGCGUCCAGUGCAGCUCCAGAUACAGGCUCAGAAAUGGCCACUGUGUCCAACUGGAGUGCAGCACAGAUGAGGCUUCAGACGAUGAUCAACGGGACUGCCUUCCCUGUGAUGAGGGCUGCAAGAAAUGCAGGCUCAAUGAUUCGGGAGAUCAGAAACAGAAAACUGCCUGCCUGGAAUGUGAAGACGGAUAUUAUCUGUUUGACGCUGACUGCCAUCAGUCCUGUCCAGACUGGACCUAUGAAGUGAAGGAGACCAUGAUGUGUUCUUCGUGUGAUGACCCAGUCUGUAGAGUCUGUGACCAGUCCCAGUGCUACUGGUGUGAAGACGGAUUCUACGUCUCUGAGGGAGAGUGUGUGGAUCAUUGCCAGGAAGGAUACUUCAUGGAUAAGGAAAGUCAGGAAUGUGAACCUUGUCACAGAGAGUGUCGCUCCUGUGGAGGGCCCGGAUCUGACAGCUGUGACUCCUGUGAAGACGGCUUCACUCUGAAAAAUGGGGAGUGUCUCGACGGGAAGCAGCUCGCUACUUGUCCUGAGGGACAGUUCAAAAACAGUCAAGGCAAAUGUGAACUGUGUCACUCCUCCUGUAAGAACUGCUUUGCUGCAAGGAAGGAAAGUUGCAGCAGCUGCAACUCUAAACAUUUUCUGACUCUGAAUCACACUUGCGUGUCUCGUUGUCCAUCUGGUACAUUUGGCAACAAGACAUCUGGACAGUGUGAUCCCUGCCUGAGCGGGUGUGUCGUGUGUCAGGAAGCCCAAGCCUGUCAGCGAUGUCUUACAGGACUUUAUCUGCAAAAUGGAACCUGCGUGGUGGAGUGUCAGAGAGGGUUCCCACAGGGUGAAGAAUGCCACCAAUGUGCCCCGGAGUGUGGAUCCUGCAAAGAACGUUCUUCCAACUGUUUGAGCUGUGAGAGACGCUUUCUGUUGCUGGACAACUCCUGCUUGUCCUCCUGUCCAAAGGGCUACUAUGACAACAGCAAAGAGUGCCUGCGCUGCCCACAGCACUGUAGCGAGUGCAGUCAGGAUGGCCUCUGCAAGAAAUGUGCAGAUUAUUACUUCCUGUACGAUGCUGAGUGUGUGGACGAGUGUCCUAAAGGUUACUUUGACAAUGACCAGGAGUGUAUGCAGUGUCAUGCUGACUGUGCUUCAUGUGACGGACCCGACCAGAAUGACUGCGAUGUGUGUCGCAACCCUAAAGCGGUCCGAUACUAUGGGGAAUGUCUGGCCAGGUGUCCAAGCAACACCUACCAUGAUGAGAACACCAAUGAAUGCAAAGCUUGUGACAAGUCGUGUCUGACCUGCUCAGGCCAUGAACCCACCGACUGCCUCAGCUGUGACACCAACAGACGUGUGGAUGAGAGCAGACACUGUGUGUGGAACAGUCAGUGCUCCAUGGACUCGUACAUGGACCUGAACGGUGAUUGCCAGCGGUGUCACACACAGUGCCGCCGCUGUGAUGGUCCAGGCAAAGACCACUGCCUCGGCUGCAACGAGCCGCAGCUCCUACUGAACACCACCUGUGUGAAGAAGUGUCCGCUGGGCUAUUACAUCGAGGACAAAGUUGAUCGUGUGUGUGAACGGUGCCACCCCAGCUGUGAGUCCUGCUUUGGUCAUCACAGUCAACACUGCAAAACCUGCAAACCAGGAUUUUUUAAACAGGCCAGCAGCUGUGUUGAAACCUGCUCUGAGAGCCACUUUGGCAACAAGACCACCAUGCUUUGUGAGCGCUGUGACCCCUCCUGCAGCCAGUGUGUAGGCAGUGGCAACACACACUGUCUGAACUGUAGGGAGGGCUAUGUGUACAUGAGGCCAUGGGGGCAAUGCCUGAAGAGUUGCCCUCCAGGGUACUACAAAGAUAUCUGGUCCACAGACUGUCACAAGUGUCACCACACCUGCAAGACCUGCAACGAUGAGGGCGCUUUGUCCUGUCUGUCCUGUUAUGACGGCUUCACCUUUGAGGGCGGAUUCUGUGACAACCCCUGUUUUAUAGGCUCCUACCCGGCCUCUAAGGAUUUGAAGCAUGAUGACCCAAACUGCAGACAUUGUGACCAAUCGUGUGAGGGCUGCUGGGGCCCCAGCAUGUGGCAGUGCACCCUCUGCCACCCGAGCCACAUCCUGGCCGAUGACGGCCGCUGCUUGAGCUGCUGUGGAAAGAAGACGCCACUUGACGACAAACCAAUACCCAGAGAGUGCUGCGACUGCGAGGCAUCAUACGUGCGGUGUAUCCUCGGUGUCAACUUUGUCAUGAGGUCAGCUGAGGAUUUAGAGAGCAGUGCCAGGUUCAACGUCAUGGCCUGCGUCAUGAGUAUCGUUGUUCUGGGUGGAGGGAUCUUUGUUUUGCUCUCCGCCCGCUCCAAGUGUUUCGCCAUCAAGUCCAAAACCAAGGAGGGGGGGUAUCAGAAACUGAACAUGAACGAUGUUAGUCCACCGCAGCCCACCACUUCCUCCUUUGGGGAAUACAGCGACAGAAUCACAGAGUGUGGGAACGAUGAGGAGUACGACGACGAAGACAUCGUGUACAUGAGUAAAGACGGAACGGUGUAUCGGAAAUUUAAGUACGGCCUUCUGGAUGAUGAUGAUGUCGAGCUGGAAUAUGACGAUGAGAGCUACUCAUACAGAUGAAGCAAAAACAUGAAAAAAUAGCUGUGCAAAAAUGUUAUUCACGCCUAUUUUUGGUACCACUUUACAAUAAGACAGCCUUAAUAAAUUAAUUAUUAGCAAGUAAUAACGUUUUAUUAGUGACGCUAUGAACACUAUAAACCAUUAAUAGAGAAUUAUUGUGUAUUAUUUUUAAAAAUGACAGACAAUAAAGGUGGAAAGUGCCUUGCUAAAUAAUUAUUCUGAGUUUAUGAGAAGUCUCAUUUAUAACAGCUUAUUAUUAUUAUUUAUGAAGCUUUAACAGCCUAAUUAAUGAUGCAAUUAAAGAAUUAUUUGUGAGGGCUGUCUUAUUUUAAAGUGGUAGAUUUUGCUUAUGAUUAUGUUUGUGAAUAUGUUUCUUGUUUAAGUGCCUUAACCGAUACAUCAAUGUAAUUAAGUCAAAUGAUUUUUCUCUGUGAUCUUAACUAAGAUUAUUAGCACAUUUUAUGGUUGAAGCAGGGUAAUAUCUUUCUAUUUAUUGAAAGAUGAUGACUAAAAGUGUAAUUUUUGUCUUUAAAAUUCAGAGGUUUCUUCGACAUGUUUCCUGUCAUGUUUGUAUUUUUACGUUUUUUGCUUACAUGUGAUCCCUAUAAGUCUGGGCCUUCAUUUUAAAUUUUCAGGUUGUGACUAGUUAGUGUGACAGUAGAGAGACGGUGGGAUUCACUCGUCUGUCAGACUUGUUUCCUGUGAUAACACCAAGCUGGAUGUAAAUGGUGAUGGUAGCUCCAUGGUAACAGAAACUAAAUUGUACAUAACAACAGUCAUAACUAAUAAAAUAUGUUGGUUUUUCCUA